AAUGGUAUGCUGUAUAGUAUUCACUACAUGCAGACCACGAGAACAUACACUCAUUUCUAACACUAUUAGGUUAAGUGUUUAUACACGUAACCUUGAUUUUAUACUUUAAUUGACUUUAUAUAUAAAAAAUAAUCGAAAGCGGAUGUAUUCUCGAGUUAGCAACUAGUGAAGUGAACCGACUCGUUAAAGAUUCUCCAUACUUGUGAAGUAUAACAUGAUGUUGUAACAUACAUGCUGUGUUUAUAGUGCAUGCUGAAGCUAACUGAGACUGAUUCAGGAAUGACUCCUGUUACAAAACCGGAAGCGGAAGUGGACAUGGAUCGCUGACACGGAAAGUCUUAGUAAGUGGAUCCGUCCGUUGACGACCGUAGACUGGAAGUUGGAAUUGCACAACCAGUACAGGCGGGUUCAUAAGAUCCCUUAAUACGGCGAACACGAGAAAGGGGUUGUCAUCGAAUCAUACAACAGACGCCACAAUACACAGACCACUAUGGCUGACACAGAGCGCCGUAAAGACCCAGAUAUUGAUCGAGGAUUCGCUUGGGCAAUUCUAGCAGGCUGCUUCCUGAUGUACCUGUUCGUGGUGGGCGGGAUCAAGGCGUAUGGCAUCCUGUAUACAGAGUUGGUCGACUUCUACGGAUCCGGAUCCGGAAACACCGCCUGGAUCGGGAGCACGUGCCUCCUCAUGAUGCUCGGCCUCGGUCCGAUCGCCAACCUGUUAAGCAGGCGGUUCUCGUUCCGGACGGUAGCGUUUAUAGGCGGGCUGCUGAUCGGGGCUGGCUUCAUCUCCUCGGGUUUCGUGCCCAGUAUUAACUACAUGUACAUCUCAUUCGGACUGUGUGCAGGUCUCGGGUACGGGCUGUCGUUUUCUCCUUGCUCCACGAUCAUCAGUUUUUACUUCGAGGAGCGGCGGGCGCUGGCUAACGGCAUCACCGUGUCCGCAAGUGGCAUUGGAGCUCUCGUGUUCCCUUUUUUAUACCAGUUCCUUAUAAGAGAGUACGGGCUUCAGGGGACGUUUCUCAUACUGGGCGCCUUCGCGCUCCACGUGUGCGCGGCGGCGUGUAUAUUCCGGCAGCCCCGCCUGAUCGUGCAGGAAAAGCGGCACCAGCAGCUCAAAAGGAACCGGACGUCUGACCAUAAAGGCCUUCUGAAUGGCGAGAGUUCGUUUACUCAACACGAGAAUAGAAUUGAAGAGGAAAAACCAUCAACAUGUUGCCCAGCUAGUUUUGAUAACAUGUUUAAAUUUUCUUUAUUAUGUAAUCCACGAUUUCUCAUGUAUGUGGUUGCAUUUGUGCUUUGCAUGAACGGAUACGGAAAUAACUUAAUUCUAAUUCCGGCUCACCUGAAGGCGCUUGGUUAUAACAGAGACCAGAUUGCCCUUGGCGUGUCCAUUAUGGGCGCCUUUGAGGUGAUAGCGAGGAUAUUCUUUGGGUGGUUCGCCGACAAAGGAUUCGUCAAGAAAAGAUAUAUGUUUAUAUUUAACAUGGGUGUGGCUGCAAUAUUUUGUUUCAUGGCACCGUUUUUCAAGAGCUAUUAUUUCUUCGCUGUAUAUGCAGCUAUCAUUGGGACAUUUCCCGGGUCGUUUUGGUCUUUGAUCUCAGUGUUGAUUAUCGACGUGGUCGGGAUGAAGGACUUUACCGCCGCCUUCGGUCUCGUGUCCCUGUUCCUGGCUAUGGGGGCUGCUAUAAGCCAGCCGUCUAUAGGUUGGCUGCAGGACAGAACCGGAAACUGGAACAUGUCUUUCGUACUAACCGGAUGUCUGCUGCUCCUGUCCGCCUUUACCGUCAUGUUGGAGCCGUGCAUCAAGCGGUCCAUGAAGCGGCGAAGGUUAAGGGAGGCAGAGGCGACGGAGAGAGCAGCCUUGGAUGCAGUGCCGCUCCGUAUCCGAUCAAGAUCCGGGCUACCAGAGGACGCGGAUGACCGGGAGUCACUGAUGGAGGAGGAUGUAGAAUUAAAGCUGACUUCUGGUAGAAUAAGCCGGAUAUAUCGGCCAUACGACAGCAACCAUCCACCGCCAAGCAGCCCCGACCGCGCGGCCGCACCGACGAUUGGCCUCGAUGACGUUUAAGGACCAAUUAGGGAUACACAUAGGCUGUUAAGGUUGUUAUUGAAAUCUUAUCAUUCUGCUUAUUACACAAGGCUAUGACGUAUCAUGAUUUAAAAUCAUGCAAAACGCAGAUGGAUACAAUGCGUUUGGGGCCCAUAGGAUAAAGGUCAAGGUCACUGUUACUAAAUAUAGAAAAACGGUUGAAACUAAAUAACUUUAGUUAUGGUUGACAUAUCUUCACUAAACUUGGUAUUUAGGAAGAGUUAUGGAGACCUUUCAUAUGCUUGCGUUUGGAGCCCCUGUGGUCAAGGCCACUAAAACUGAAAUAAAAAAAAAUGGUUAAAACUGAAUAACUUGAUUAAGGGUUAGCAUAUCUUGACUUAACUUGGUAUGUAAGAAUAUGUAUGGAGACCUUUCAUGGGAUUGUGUUUGGGGCCCUGGGGUCAAGGUCACUUUUACUGAAAAACGGUUGAAUUUCAAUCUCACAAUGAAAGCUGAAGUUCCUCUGUCAAUCAUUGAACACCUAGCCCUAAUAUCAUAAAAACACUUAGUCAAAACUUAUUCUCAGUCUCAACUCAAUUUACCAAUUAAAAGAAUAGUAUGAUUAAAAUCUUAUAUUUGUUUAUACGUGUUGAAAACGCAUUUGCUCAUAGGUUGAAUUGGUAAAAAUAUUUUGGAAAACUAUACUUGAGUAAAUGUUAAAAAACAAUGAAAUGUAUGAAAAUUUUGGCUUUAGAAUAUUUUUCUCUUGCAAUCUUGACCAAAGACCUUAAUCAUAAUUUUCUAUGAAAAUGAAUGCAGUUUUAAAAGAUGUAAUUAAAACAUAAUGGUUUUUAAUGACUUUUGAUGUUAUGUAGUAAUGUGAGUUGAGACUGAGGUUGAGAUUUUACUUAAGUAUUUUCGUGAUAUUGGGGCCUGGAGUCGUCGCAUUGCGGCCUUUCUUUUCUGUUGUUGGAAUACGUUUUAAGGAAGAAUAUAUUGUAUGCGAGUCCAUAUGCUAUACGAUAAUAUAUGUAUAUUUCUGACUUCAUGACAUUAUUUAUAAUUUUACAAUUUAUGGUGCAUAAAUAACAGUUUGCAAAUAAGAACUUGUUUUAAAAUCAUUACAUUGUAAUGUGUAUAGCAGUCAUGAGACUAAACUGUGAAGAAAGGUAGUAUAUAUAUUUUUAAAUAUAUUCCAUAUUAAACAUUUCAAGCUAUGCUUGCCUUGAAAGUUUUUCUUUAUUGCCGUUUUUUAUUUUGAUUAAUUUACAUGUUUUAUAUUUUAAAGCUUUAUGUACAUAUGAUUUGUUUUAUUGUUACACUACAUAUAUAUGAAUACAUUUAUACAUGUAUAGUAUACAUUAUUGAAAUAUGAUUCGGUUUUAAACAGUGCUUUUUUACUUACAUGUCAAGUUGUAUAAUAUUAUUGUUCAUAGAUAACUUUAAGCCUUUGUUAAAAAAAUAUAUUUAAGUUAACAACGUUGUUAACCUCAUCAUUGUUAAAUUUUACGUUGUUAACUUUUCUGUGUCAAGUACGCAAUGGUGAUUCGCAGUUCGUUUUCCAUAUUGUGAGGUAUUGGUUUUGUUGUAUUUAAAGCUGCACUCUCACAGAUUGAACGUUUUGACAACUUUUUUUAUUUUUUUGUCUUGGAACGAGCCAUUUUUGCGAAAAUCCAUGGAAACCAGAUAUAUAAGACUGCUUACUAAAAAUUAGAUCGCAGAUUUUUAUAUUUAAAGAAAACGCUUAACUGGCAAUCGAUUUAAACUUAAAUAUACAACAUACAUACACGUUAAAACUCUUCAAUUAAAUUAAUUAUAUUAUUCAAAAUUUUACGAACUACUUCUACUAAUGUACCGGCAUACAUCCAAGGUUGUUUUCGAUGGAAAAUGGCCGAGGAGUUCCGAAUGGUAGACAAUAUCAGGAUAUUCCACAUACGCUUCCAUACGAAGGUUAUACCAACUUGCCAAAGUAUUUUUAAAGCAGAAUCAUCAUAUGUUUUCUUGUCCGAUCCAUUGGACAUAUUCAUUCAUUUUAAGUUUGAAAUGACUGUGCAAUGGCAAAUGGUUUUUAAAGGUACUAAACGCCAGAUGAUAAAUUUGCAAGAAAAAAAAGAAAAACAUGUCAAUAACUUACAUAAAAUUGACACUAUUGUGUACAACACAUUGAUUGUUUCUUAAUUAUGUAUCACAUCACUUACGACACAUGCACUUUUUGCGCAGUUUUCCAAUUCGAAAUUCACUGGGGUUGUCGUCCACGUAAAUCGUAAUAAGUUUAAAAGUAGCGUCGGCCUAUUUGUCUGUAUACCCAUAAAGAUAUUAUUUAAACUGAGUAUCCAUUAUGCGCUUUUUUACAUGAGUGUUGCGUUUAUUCCUUUAAUUGUGUAGAUUCAUAUAUUAUCGGCCUCUUUCUAGGUCGCAUUUACAAUUCUAGACUUGUUUAAAGAAUUACUGUAUUUGUCGAUUUGGGGCCCAUCUGGUGUCUAGUCCCUUUACAGGGCUGAUAAAAUGGUGUAAUUGUAUGUAGUGUCAAUUAUUUUAGUGAUAUUUCUUUUUACAUUAAGUAUAACAGUGUCUUUCUCACUCUGGUUAUGGUAAGACGACUUACAUGUAUCAUAUACAUACGAGACAGAUAUACAUAUAUUUUGACAGAAUCUCUAAGCUAAAUAUAUGUGAAUUACUGUAAUUUAACAGUUUAUAUGGAUCAAAUACAUUGAUAUAUUAUUGCA